AUGAACUCUGCCAUCACCAGCUGUGAGCACCCCGAGCCCUUGAGGGGUGAUGGUGUACUCAACUCCCAUGAAGGUGGCCAAGGCAAGAAGAAGGAUGGCCAGCCUAGGGGUCUCAGCAGUAACCACCUGGCUUAUAGCAUCCUGGAUAUCCCACCAUGGUAUCUCUGCAUCUUCUUGGGGGUCCAGCACUUCCUCACAGCCCUGGGGGGACUCGUGGCAGUUCCGCUCAUCCUGGCCAAGGACCUGUGUUUGCAGCAUGACCCCCUGACCCAGAGCUACCUCAUCAGCACCAUUUUCUUCGUCUCUGGCAUUUGCACUCUCCUGCAAGUAUUUUUAGGAGUCAGGCUGCCCAUUCUCCAGGGAGGAACAUUUGCUUUUCUGGCACCCUCCCUGGCCAUGCUGUCCCUUCCCACCUGGAAGUGCCCCAUGUGGACACUCAAUGCCAGCCUGGUGAACACCAGCUCCCCUGAAUUCACUGAAGAAUGGCAGAAGAGGAUCCGAGAGCUGCAGGGAGCCAUCAUGGUUGCUUCCUGUGUCCAGAUGCUGGUGGGCUUCUCAGGCCUCAUUGGCUUCCUCAUGCGCUUCAUCGGCCCCUUGACCAUUGCUCCGACCAUCUCCCUGGUGGCCCUGCCUCUCUUCGAUUCUGCGGGCAAUGACGCCGGGAUCCACUGGGGGAUUGCUGCCAUGACCAUCUUCCUCAUCGUGCUGUUUUCUCAGUACCUGAAAAACAUCGCAGUGCCUGUGCCUGUUUACGGAAGAGAGAAGUGUCACACCUCUAAGUUCUACCUGUUUCAGGUCUUCCCUGUGUUGCUGGCGCUCUGCAUCUCGUGGCUGCUCUGCUUUGUGCUCACAGUCACCAACGCCCUCCCCUCGGCACCUGCAGCCUACGGGUAUCUGGCCCGCACAGACACCAAAGGCGACGUCCUGAGCCAGGCUCCUUGGUUUCGCUUCCCUUACCCAGGGCAGUGGGGCCUCCCCACCAUCAGCCUGGCUGGGGUCUUUGGGAUCGUCGCGGGGGUGAUCUCCUCAAUGGUGGAGUCAGUAGGCGAUUAUUAUGCCUGUGCCCGCCUUGUGGGGGCACCACCCCCUCCGAAGCACGCCAUCAACCGAGGCAUCGGCAUCGAGGGCCUGGGCUGCCUGCUGGCAGGGGCCUGGGGUACGGGGAACGGCACCACCUCCUACAGCGAGAAUGUCGGCGCUCUGGGCAUCACCAGGGUAGGGAGCAGGAUGGUGAUUGUUGCUGCAGGCUGCGUGCUGCUCCUGAUGGGCAUAUUUGGGAAGAUCGGGGCUGCGUUUGCCACCAUCCCAACCCCUGUGAUCGGAGGCAUGUUCCUGGUGAUGUUUGGGGUCAUCACUGCCGUGGGGAUUUCCAAUCUUCAGUACGUGGACUUGAACUCGUCCAGAAACCUCUUUGUCUUUGGCUUCUCCAUCUACUGUGGGCUUGCUGUUCCCAGUUGGGUGAACAAGAACCCGGAGAGGCUCCACACAGGGAUUCUGCAGUUGGACCAGGUCAUCCAGGUGCUGCUGACCACAGGCAUGUUUGUUGGUGGAUUUCUGGGCUUUCUGCUGGACAACACCAUCCCUGGAAGCCUGGAGGAGAGAGGCCUCCUGGCGUGGAAUCAAACCCAGAAGGAGUCUGAGGAGACUACGAAGAUCUCAGAGGUCUACAGCCUCCCCUGGGGGAUCGGCACCAGGUUCUGCGCAUCCUCCUGCACCCGGUGCCUCCCUUUCUGGCCCAAGCUGGAACGUGGUGGGAGAGGUGAGGUGGGGGUGAGCCAGCUGACGCUCUGCUCCCGGGACCCCUCAGAAGAGUGGCCCAAGGGCGCCACAGACACCAUGAUGUAA